GCGUAAAGGGUUGAUAUAUGUGUUGGUAUCAGCCAGUAUCCGGUCCGGCCUUUGCUAGUGCGCGCUGUCGUAGUGUCGUACUGGUCGUACGUGCGUACGACGUACAACGCGGAGGAGGAAUGACUGUCAAACAUGAUGUGCCAAAAUUAUUCAAGCUAAAGCAGUCAGGAAAAGUCAAAGGAUGGGAGGAGUAAACUGGAGUGAAUUGUUCCCAGGAAGAUGGAGUCCUGUCAUUUUUAUCUCUUACAUAGCUCUCUUUAUAAACCAAGGUAUUCUUGUAACAUGGUCUCAAAGAAGUGGCCGCUACGAAUAUAAUAUUGUAGCAGUUGUGCUGAUGACAGAGGUUCUAAAAUUGGUCAUAUCCACGGCACUCUACUGGAAAGACAAUAGCAUCCUGACACUUCUCCAAGAGACAAGAAAGAAUAAAAAGGUGCUUUUGCUGUAUAUGAUACCCGCGCUUUUGUACUGUCUCUACAACAAUCUAGCAUUUGUCAAUUUGGCUAGAUUUGACCCCACAACUUAUUAUGUCCUACUGCAACUCCGUGUUGUACUUACAGGAAUCAUUUUCCAGGUCAUUUUUAACAAAAAGUUAUCCAUGACACAGUGGUUUUCUCUAGUGAUCUUGACAGUUGGCUGCAUGAUAAAGCACUUCGACGCCCACGUCCUUGGCACGGAAUUCCAUGUAGAUAUUUUUCUACUUCUAAUUCUUGUACAAACAACAUGCUCCUGCUUAGCUGGUGUAUAUAAUGAGUAUUUGCUGAAGCGACAGGGUGCAAACAUCGACAUUUUUAUACAGAACGUAUUUAUGUAUAUCGACAGUAUUUUCUGCAACGUCGUAGCAAUCGUCCUAUUAAGUAUAUUCACGAAUGGCGCUAGCGAAACGUUGAGUAACGUCGAGAUCGACACGUUCCUAAAACCAAAAGUAAUCUUAAUUAUGUUAAACAAUUCGCUCGUCGGGAUAAUAACAAGCUUUUUCUUGAAAACCUUGAAUUCUAUACUAAAGACUUUCGCCAGCGCAAUGGAACUAAUUUUUACCGCGGUAUUGUGUUGGAUUUUAUUUAGCAUACCUAUUAGCAUGAACACUAUUGUUUCUAUAACUAUGGUGAGUUUCGCUGUUAUUUUAUAUUCGAGAAAUCCUGUACAGAACACUCAGCCCAAAGAGAGGGUGGAAAGUGGGAAGCUUCUAGUAUAAAUGACAGUAUUAAAUUUUAUUUAAACGAUAACAUGAUCGUAACCAAAUAAAAUUGUGGAACAAAAUACGCGUCACCAUUAACGUUAAGCUGUUUCACACUACGUGAUAACGUGAUAGACCUAGUUUACACCGAACACUUGACACGCAUACUAACAAGUAACUCUAUUAAAUUGUCUUAAUUUCGACAAUACGUAUAAAUGUAUACGUGAUAUCUAUAUUUAAUUAAUUAUCUUGAUUCAUAUUGUACCAGCUUAGUAUACUAUUCAUUAAAUUUAUUACCGAAAUUAAGAUAAUUGAAUAGAAAGUUACUAAAUAUUACGCGUAUCAAGUAUUUGGUGUAAACAAAGCCAUUAUUAUCUGAACUAAAGUUGUUAAGACAAUGACUGAACGCUUGUGAAUAAAUAUCGAAAUUUCUUUUAAUAAAUAAGAGAAUUAAGUAGAUAAUUUAACGAGCGUUACCUAGAGAGAAAUAACAAAUAACAGACGUCUAAUAAACGUUUAUUAAACGCUAUUAACGUUUGAUCGACGUCGAUCCAAUUUGUAUGUUCGCUCUGGGAAAUAAUCUUUGUUAUCUAAUAGCAGAUCGUGAAAAUUUAAUUAUCUUUAUCAAUCUUUAUAUUUUUUAAAAGCAUUGGUCUCUUUUUAAACGGAAAUGGAUUAAGAUCUGGAUAGUAAUGCUUUGAGAUAUCUUAUCAAAUGUUCUAGUGAAAUUUUAUAUUUAUAUCUUUAUGUUUACCUAUCUAAUCUUUUGUUAAAAAAAGCGUAUUUUGAAAUUAAAGUAAAACAUUGAUUAUCUGGA